CGCACUUACCAUGUCCGGCCGGACGCUCCCAGCCGCACCUACUCGUCGCCCCUGCCUGUAAUCCGUCUGCCGGCUGACAUGCCCACCGCUCCUGCUUGACGGCCUCCACCACCGCACCCGGCUCGACCUAUAAGGAGCACCGCGCCCUCCUGCGCCCUCGUCGCUGGACGCGAUGAUCAUCCGGAACUGCCUGUCGCCCGUGCACGCCUACUUCCCGUCGACGCCGUUCGGCAAGGUCUCCGCGAAGGAUCCGUCCGCCGCGUCCAGCGACGCCGACGAGGUAAAGAACAACGAGGAGAAGGAGAACGAGCGACCCAAGUCGCCCUUGCGUCUGCCGUAUCCGCGGGGAUGCUUGCGCGAGAUGAAGUGGAACCGCGAGCGGCGCAUGGAGGAGCUGCAGAAGGCGCGCGAUCAGGAGAAGGAGAAGAGCUUGGUCGAGAGGUUGUGCGAAGCUUGGGAGGAGGUCAUGAAGCCCGGCAAGAGCUAGCAACGGUGCUGAAGGCCUGAACAUUGUCUAUAUCUCUUUCGCUGUUACACUCCAGCGCUGUACCCUGGACGGCCAACUGGCAUGCCAGAUAUCCUGCAUCCCCAUCAUCUUGAACGUUUGUCGCCACAGCGCCGUCAAAAUCGAUCAUAUCGCUGGACGCGGUAACCCGAUCCCCACCGGCGAUCGACGUAUCGAUAUCGCGUCCGCAUCACGGUGACAUCGCCAAUGACGAUUUGGGCAUACGCAUCGAGGAUCCUCUUCAACGACCUCAAUCUCCAAUAGGAGAUGUGCAUGUUGGCCGUCCUUCCAUCAUAUCGCGGCACCCCUCAUCACCGGGGCUCCCUUCCCGCAUAACGCGGCCGCAUACGUCUCAUCACUAUCGCAGAACAAAAACCUGCUUCUGCACCUCAUGCAUACACCUUCCCUUGACUUCUACUGGACUUGCUUGCUUUUUCCCUCUUUGCAUCGCGGAUUGUUCUAUAUUAUACCUCGCAUUAUUUGCAUCACCGUCUUCAGCACACGUCCUUCAUCAUUAUGUAUCUCUACCAUAGAUCGGCCUCGGCC